CAUUUUCCGACCCAUUCCACGAAACAUACAUCUCAUCUUAUGUAAACAACCAGUAUAAUUCUCACAGAUGCAAGUGGUUUGGGAAGCAGAUACUGCAGCUUUUGCCAGUCGAAAGCGAGCGGCCAGGGCGUGUGCAAAGUGUCGCGCCGCAAAGAAACGUUGCCACCAUACCUUUCAGAGGGAUCCUGAUCAACAAGCCGACACAGAUGGCCUCGAGCGUGUACUCCCCAAUCUAACCCACAAGGAACCGAUUCGAUUUGUGGGCGACCUCAAUCCUGAGUCGAUCCUGACAGACCUAUCUUCGAGGCCAGAUGGAGCGAAAAGAAUCAGUCGAAUAGGAACUUGGGUCGAACAGUCGCGACAUGCUCGAGAUGGACUUCCGGCUGAAGACCUUGGACCUGUUACCAAGGCAGGAGAGAAGACCCCGAUCAAUGUGGAAAAGUACGGCAAGGUUGAAGGGGGUCGGAGGGUCUUGACCGGCCACCAGCGCAACUAUUUACAAGCAGUUGGGGCUUUCCGUGUCCUCCCCAAGGCCACACAAGAUGCUUUGGUCUCGACUUACAUUGCUUGCAUUGACGGCAUUCUUCCCAUCAUAGACGGCAUCAAACUCCUAAAGGACUAUACCGACGGAAAAUGUUCGAUCUUUCUGCUGCAGGCUAUCUGCCUAGUCACCUGCAAGACCGAAGAGGCAGCGUCUUAUCUUCGUUUAUACGACGAUGGACCUUUGCUCGACCCGAUUCCAUUUGCAAGGAGCCUCCAUACUGGCCUCGACGCAGCCAUGAAGGCUGACCUCGAGCCAGAUCGUGUCACCAAGAUUCAGAUUUUGACUCUGAUGCAUCUACACAACGAUGGUCCGGGAGGGAUUGAGGAGUCCUCGUUGCAUCUGUCACAGGCUAUCCACGACGCAUGGACAGCAGGCCUUCAUAUUCACACUCCUGGACGGACCGUCAAAGAUUCUUCAAGCAUGCUUUGGUGGACCAUUUGGACACUGGAUAAGAUCAAUGCAUGCGUGGGAGGUAGGCCGAUCAUGAUUGCGAAUCGUGACAUCGAUAUUGAGCGACCCAAUGUUGAGGCCGAGCCAAAAAGUGUAGUUAUUGCUGCAUGGCUCCGUUUAGGGGAUCUCUUGGAUAAAGUGAUUGAGUUCUACAGACCCACGGCAGACCCCAACUCGACUGGCUGGGAAACCGAAUUUCCAACGUAUCAAUCUAUCGUCGAGGGGAUCGAACUCGACCUGCUGCCCCGUGCAGAUAACAAUAUUCUCGAGAUUUCCUACAAUGUCAUUGCCAUCCUCAGCUGUCGAACUGGUGGGCCCACGACAGCGUCAUACGCCCGGAGAAUAGGAGCCUCGGAUCGGAUACAGCAACUUAUCUCCAACGGAGGCCAUACUGGCAUGGCGCCAAUCCCGCUAAUCCCUUAUGCCGUUGGGCUCUCCCUUACAGUAGCAUACCGCGGUCUCCGAGAUAACUACCUAGAUGCCGAGCGUGCACAGGCAGACCUGGCGACACGAUGUGAAACCCUCGAAAAACUCAGUACGUACUGGUGGACAGCAGAUGCAUUGGCACGGCUGGGGAGAAAAGCGCUUAAAAGUUUGCAACAGCCCGGGGUGCAGAAACAUGCAAUUGGAAGCAUUGCCAAUGCACUGGAGGCUGAGACUUCGCCAUGCAAGUUUGGACCCUUUGAACAAAAGAUCAAGCAGGUUGUACCUCAAGCGACGGUGAAGAGCCGUCAGGUGAACGGUAACGCUCUCCACGUUCUGUCACACGCCGCUGCUACGCACUCGAACCCGACAGGUGCAACACCACGGCCCAGCCCCUUGUCAAGUUCGGUGUCGACCCUGAGCACUCGGCCAGAGAUGCCUACCCCACCAGCAGUUCGGAUGGUCCUUGCUUCGUCGUCCAAUAAGCCUUUCCCAACUGAUGGAGGACCACUGGAUAUGAGCGUCUACGACAACUUCAACAACCUGGACAACCUUUUCGACGGCUUCUUUGAUCUCUCCAUGCCUACCAUCUUCCAGGACCCCUUGUUUGACGGCGAUACCUUUAUCAAUGCAAAUGUGGACUUUGGGAUUGGUGGGAUGAUGAACGAAAAUGCCGACAGCAUGGGCUUUGGUCCACACAGUUCGAAUGCCGGUGGCUUCUACAAUGGUGUCUAUCCUGACAUGGGACUCGGCGGAAGAGAGCAUUGACAGGAUGAUGGGCGUUGAGGUCAGAUGAGGCUUAGGUACAUGGCAUACACGUGAUUCAUCUGGUUUAGGGAAAGCGCAGCGAUGGAGUUGAGAGAUAGGGGUUCCAUGAUUUUGAUGCUGAAGAUGGUUACAGAAUUCACACCGAUUGGCAAGUAAAUAGCGAGUUUCUAGCCGGCAGUUGAGCCUACGGAAAGGAAGAGGUGAGCGACCGUCCCAGUUAUGAGGUGGACAAUGGACAUGGAUCCCUGAGCAGGUGCAGUUGAACAUACAUACAUUGUGACUUAUUAUCAUAAUGAUUUUCUCAUUACACAUACGAAACAUGAUGACAUCCCUUGGAACUGUUGAAGACAUAAUGCUCUCAACUUCACACUCGUGCAUGCGUAGUGG